UAUUUGGUUAACUAUUUAACUAACUAUUCAGCAGUCUUAUAGUUUGGGGAUAGAAGCUGUUCAGGGUCCUGUUGGUUCCAGACUUGGUGCAUUGGUAUCGUUUGCCGUGCUGUAGCAGAGAGAACAGUCUAUGACUUGGGUGGCUGGAGUGUUUGAUCAUUUUUAGGGCCACCUUCUGAUACCGCCUGGUAUAAAGGUCCUGGAUGGCAGGGAGCUCGGCCCCAGUGAUGCUCCUGACCCGCUCCACUACAGUCCCGUCGAUGUGAAUGAGGGUGUGCUCGGACCUCAUUUCCUGUAGUCCACGAUCAGCUCCUUUGUCUUACUGACAUUGAGGGAGAGGUUGAAGUCCUGGCACUAUACUGCCAGGUCUCUGACCUCCUCCCUAUAGGCUGUCUCAUCGUCGUUGGCAAACGUAAGGAUGGUAUUGGAGUCAUGUGCGGCCGCGCAGUCCUGGGUGAACAGGUAUUCUUAAGUUGGAGGAGUAUUAGCCAUGUCAGUACAACCAAACUAUGACUGAACUGGAUCAAAAUGUCAAACCCAUCUUUUUGGCAGACGUGCAGACAGAGGUUGCAUACUGUCUUUGCAUGAAAGAAAAUCAUAAAAGUAGUGUGAUGAUAAAAGUCACAGUCAUACCCUUGUUGUUUGAAGUCUCAGUCAUACAUUUGUUGUUUGAAGUCACAGUCAUACCCUUGUUGUUUGAAGUCUCAGUCAUACCCUUGUUGUUUGAAGUCUCAGUCAUACCCUUGUUGUUUGAAGUCUCAGUCAUACCCUUGUUGUUUGAAGUCUCAGUCAUACCCUUGUUGUUUGAAGUCUCAGUCAUACCCUUGUUGUUUGAAGUCUCAGUCAUACCCUUGUUGUUUGAAGUCACAGUCAUACCCUUGUUGUUUGAAGUCUCAGUCAUACCCUUGUUGUUUGAAGUCUCAGUCAUACCCUUGUUGUUUGAAGUCACAGUCAUACCCUUGUUGUUUGAAGUCUCAGUCAUACCCUUGUUGUUUGAAGUCUCAGUCAUACCCUUGUUGUUUGAAGUCAUACCCUUGUUGUUUGAAGUCUCAGUCAUACCCUUGUUGUUUGAAGUCACAGUCAUACCCUUGUUGUUUGAAGUCUCAGUCAUACCCUUGUUGUUUGAAGUCACAGUCAUACCCUUGUUGUUUGAAGUCUCAGUCAUAUAUUUGUUGUUGUCCCGGUCAGGUUGGAUGAAUGACAUGACAAGAAGCUACAACCUGGGCUUUGUGGUUGCGGGGGCAUUGAACGUGGCCGCCUGUUUUGUUCUGGCCUUCAUCCCCCUGGCCAAGCGCUCAACUAGACAGACAUGUAAGCGCAUCAUGAACGUCACCAUCGACCGCUCCACACAGGAAAUCAUGCAGUGGGCCGAUAUCCUACCUCCUUUCUCUGAGGAGGAGCCAACAGUGUCCACGUACGUGAAUUACUUCUCUAAGACUAUGUUUGGUAGUCCAGAGAUUGUUGACAGUAGACCUGAGAUGUACAGUGGAGAUGAUGCCGAGACAGCAGGACCUGCUGAAGUCACCCGGCUUUAGUAGCUUCAACCCCACCAACGUUCUGCCUCAGCACUGUAUAGGAGAGAAGAAAUGUAUAUUUUCACUAAGGGGAGCAAAUACAAUAAUGUAUUAAUACAGAACGCAGUUAUGGCUGGUAUUAUUAGUCAAUUCAUCUGUUUUCAUUCAAGAGAGAAAUGACAAGCACAGGACAUUGUGACAGACACAGUGUUACUUACAGUCAUUGUCCAGUAGUUGGUGCUUCUGUACCAAGAAAAUAUAAUUAUUAUAAUGAUAAUAAUUUGUCAGUGAUAAGGACCUCGCCAUCCAUACUGCAAAACACACUAUAGAAAAUGACACUGAAACUUUUUUC